AUGACAAACCAAGGACUGAUAUUUACACGAGCUACCACCGCCUCAGCCGACGCCACUCGUAAUUCUCCCAUAUGGACCAGUUUCCUCGAUGAACACAAGGGCGCUCGACAGGGCCAUGUGUCGUCUGGCAAUAGGGGCUGGAAUAACCAAGUGUACGAUGAGGAGAUACCGGAGACUCAGGCUCCCUGCUUUCAAGACAGCCAUGAUCAAGCGAUCCUUAGGGAUGCUAGUGACAAUGACAGUAUUUCGCAUGAGACCUUUGAUGAGAGAACCACGCUGGUUAUGCCAGUUCCUCAUGCGAAUGUUCCAUCCCGGCUCCGAGUCCGUGAAGCUCCACAGGAAUUGUCGCACUCCAAAUUCCUGGCCUCCGUCCAGGAAUCCCUCCAGGAUACCGCUUUUGAGCUCUUGGAUAAUGAGGCCUUUACCCACGUGAAGGCAGCUGGUGAUGUCGAUGGCAACACCGAGGGAGACGAGGAGGGCUGCAUCUUCACCGAGAAUCUGCUUGUCCCGGACGUUACUGAAGAAGAGAUCAUCUCGAGCAAGCUGGUAUCAAUGCUGAGAAUGUUACGGCGGCUGAUGCGGUUGGUGCCAAUGAUGUCCCGGAUCAAGCCACUGCCUCAACCGCGGCCACCGUGGUUGAGACCGAAACGGCAGCUACUGCAAGCACGGCUGAAACAGCUCCUGCGGCCGCGACGUCGGAAGCCGUCGCCGCAGCUUCCGGCGGCGUUGAUUAAGUUGAAAAUACCCAAACUCUAGCCGGCCAAAUUC